CUGCUUCAGACGAUUAUCAAAGACGAAAAAUAAUACGAGUUAGAGCUGCAUUCUGGUGCCAUCUUCUUCCAGCAUUUCUCCCAAUCCUUGCCUAAAGGAGACGUGAUCGUAAAACAACAAUAAACCCCUUCCAAAUUUUUUCCUCCAUUUUUUUUACUACGAUCAACACGUUCCAAAUUGCUUGAACAACCUUUUGCUGCUCCGGUCAUAAAGGCUAAAGUGCAGCUAAUGGCAGUCAGUGGUACUAGUAGUUCGUCGACUCCAGCAUCGCAAGCAAGGUUUGAUGUGAGAUUCAUGACUAUGCCACCUGAGGACUGCACCUGUCCGAUAUGUCUGUCGGUGAUGAAUGACCCCCACCUGACCUCCUGCUGUGGCCAGCACUACUGCCACUCCUGCAUUGCCCGCAUUAAGGACAUGAACCAACCGUGCCCAAUUUGCAAAGUGGACGAUUUCUCCACGCUGUUCGACAGGCAACUCCGCAACCGGAUAUUUGCUCUGGACGUGUACUGCCCGAUG